UGCAUGACGUGUGGGACAUGUGUGUAUGGUCACUGACGGCGCGGUGAGCGAAAUUCUGGUGUACCCAACAAUGUUCCUGUCUGCAUCUUGCGUUUUUGCAUUGACACUAAGCUGGUUAAUAGUAACCAACACAAAUGCCUGUCCCUGCAACCAGAAAUACAAGGACAUCUCCCCAUCUGCUAAUGUCUUUGAGUCUGCAGUACUUCCAAACGAGACUUGUUGCCUUCCUGCGGUCGGUAACGGUUACCUAGCAACAGUAGUCUACAGUGAUACUAUUUAUGUGAAUGGAGUUUACAAUGGACGUGGUGGAGCAAGUCAUCGAGCCAGAAUUCCAUCAACGGCAGCCAUUCAAGUCUCUCUGCCUUCAAAUGUCAGCGUCUCAAAAGAGUCUUACUCGCUGGAUCUUGAAAAUGGAACAUUCCAUCGUAAAGUCACUACCAAGGAGGCCUUGAUAGAGCAGAGACUCUAUGCCCAUCAGGAACUCUCCUACAUUCUUGUCAAUCAGAUCAUUAUCUCUAGGAGAGGACCAACCACUGAUCCUAUCAUCCUCAAGUUAGUCAAUAAUACUGGGAUAAACAGCAAAGACAUCAACUUCAAGAACACAGCUCCAGAUGAAGGAACAAGAAUGAUGUACGGCAACACUGUAGAGUCAGAGACCAGUACAAGUUCCACCAUCUCAGUUGCCGUCAACUGGACGAUCAUUCCUGACAGCAUCACCUUGCCCUCGAAUCAAGACUCUAAAACAUGGACCUUCAUUACCGCCAUUGGUCCCAAUAGAAUGAUUGCAGUAGCCUCUCAUAUGCAUGCUACGCAGAUGGCUUUAGAAGGAAUACUGUACAGUAAUCAUUGUAGAGCAUGGCAGGAUAAAUGGCUACACGGACAAAUUGAGGUCGAUGACAUAACACUUUCUAAAGCAAUCCAUGGCAGCAUGUACUAUAUUCUCAGUUCUCUACCAUCCCUCAACUACGAUGUUCAGACCACCCCUUAUCAUUUCUACGGACUAAGCCCUGGUGGUUUAGCUCAUGGUCGCAUUGCGACAGAUUAUCAGGGACACGUCUUCUGGGAUCAAGAGACGUGGAUGUAUCCCACAAUGCUUCUGUUUCAUCCCAAGCUGGGUAGAGCCAUGCUGGAAUCCAGGACGUAUCACCUGGAUGCUGCCAAGGAGCUAGCCAAGUCGAGAGGUUACCAAGGAGCAGAGUAUCCAUGGGAGAUGGCUUAUACAGGUGCAGAAGUCUGCCCAGCAGAGAUUUACAGUCUGCAGGAGAUCCACAUAAAUGGAGACAUAUCCUUCGCUGUCCAGCAGUAUCUUCAUGUCUUAAGAGAUGUAGACUUCUUAAAGAACCGACGUGGUUACGAGAUGAUAUCAGAACUGGCUAAGUACUGGGAAAGUCGGGUUGAGUUUAACAACGCUUCAGGAUACUAUGAAAUCAAAGGAGUGAAGCCGCCAGACGAGUACCAUUCCAAUGUCAACAACUCCGUCUACACUAAUUCAGUAGCUCAGGUCAGCCUGCUCUUACCAGCCUAUGCAGGCAAGUUCAUCAAUGUUACCGCACCACCAGCGUGGACAGAGAUUGCUGAUAAACUACUGAUUCUGUAUAAUACGACACACGAGUACCAUCCGGAGUACGAGGGAUAUGAAAUAGGCACAACUGUCAAGCAAGCUGACUCGAUUCUACUGGGCUUUCCACUCAAUGUCAAGAUGGACAAUGUUUCACGCUAUAACGACUUGCAGACCUAUCAGCCUGUCACAGACCCAAAUGGUCCCGCUAUGUCAUGGUCCAUGUUCUCUAUAGGAUAUGGUGAAGUACAGCAACCUGACAAACAACGUGAGAUGUUUCUACGCAAUUUCAAGAACAUUCAACAGCCAUUCAGAGUGUGGACUGAGACGGCAUCUGGGCAUGGGGCCGUUAACUUCAUCACUGGCAUGGGAGGCUUCCUGCAGUCAGUUCUCUUCGGCUAUGGAGGGUUUCGUAUCUUACCCGAUCAUCUCUUAUUCAAUUUUGACCUUCCUAAAGGGACAACCAAGUUUGAGGUGAGAGGACUUGACUACCUUGGUUCUGAGAUUGACUUUAUUGCCACAGAGAAGACAGUAUUAGUAACACUAACGGACCAGCAGCAAGGUGCAGCAAAGCUACAAAUGGAAACUGCACAAGGCACCGUCUAUGAUCUUGUCAAAGGGAAACCAGUGUUGAUAAACCGUAUCAGCUGGGCACUCAUCAAGGAAGUAUGAUUGGAGAGUCAGCACGGUGUCAACGUUGGAUAUUGGAGUUGGACUAACUGAAAUGGUUUGAGUCAAACUUGCCUUUCAUUUCAAGACUUUCCAAAUUGUUUAAAACAAUGAUAAUUAUUGUGUCAAAAUACACUUGGUGUGUAAUGAUUUGUACAAUUAUAUAAUAUUGGAUGGCUUUGAGGGGAAUACAAGAAUGUAUUGCACGAGCUAUAACAAUAUUGCAUGAGUCAGAAUAGCGAGUGCAAUAUAUUCUUGUAUCCCUCC